UCUUCUUCUUUCAUCCCCCAAUAAAGAAAGAACCCAUCUCCAUCCCCUCUAUCUCUACUCAAAUACUUUAUAUUACCAAAACAGGCAAGAUCGAGCCUAGGGUUUUGGCCAGGAGAAGGAAAACCCCUCAAAGCUCUAGUCUUUACUCAAUCCAUGCCUUCUUUCAGGAAUCAAACAGAGUAUUGAUAAUUGGGGAGUAUAGCUUGCUCUUGAGGAUUUGUGGAAAUUUGAGUUUGUUGAGUGAGUGAGUGAGUGAGUAAUUGAAUUGGUGGGAAGGGUUUGAAGUUCCAAAUGCCGGAGGAGGACCUGGUUGAGCUCAAGUUCCGACUAUAUGAUGGAUCCGAUAUUGGUCCUUUCCGCUACUCGCCGGCCUCUACAGUAGCAAUGCUUAAGGAGAGAAUUGUCACCGAGUGGCCUAAAGAUAAAAAAAAUUCACCAAAAGGAGCAAACGACAUAAAAUUGAUAAAUGCUGGGAAGAUCUUGGAAAACAGCAAGACUGUUGGUCAGUGUAGAGCACCAUUUGGAGAGCUUCCAAGAGGCAUUAUCACCAUGCAUGUUGUUGUUCAGCCUUCUGUAGCCAAAGCAAAAACAGAAAAGAAGAUUGACGAGGUCCCGAGGAAAAACAUAUGUUCAUGUUCAAUAUUGUAAGAAAUUCAGUCAAUCCUUGUGACAAUGGUGAAGACUGCUAAGUUUGGCUGAGGUCUUCUGCUGGAACAUGGAAAUGAAUAGCUGGAGAGAAAAUAAUCUGUACAACAGUCCAAAACCCCCAUUUGGAGGGUGUUCUUCGUUUUACAGUGCAUUUUAGUGAAGUCUUUGCGUUAUAUAAAAUUGGUGCUUCAUGUAUUUUGGUAGCUUUGUAUGUAUCAGAAAAAAAAUAUAUAAUUUAUACAAAGCUUAUGGUGUUGAGGUAUUGAACUGGU